AUGAAACAGGUCGUUGCAGGCCUUCAUCACCUUAAGGGCCUUGAAGUGGUAUAUGGCAUCGAUAUCAUUCAAGUCAAUGAGUAUGGGAUAAUUAAGAUAGUGCUCGAUUGGAACUGGGAGUUUUGUGCUGAUGGUAUCUUAUGCGAUGCGAACGAGGGUUACAUAGUUGCUUAUCUCGAAGGAGUCAUGGCCACAAUGGCCCAAAGCUGUCUGGAUCUACCAAAGGAAGCCUCUGACUUCCUUGCGGACGGGGAAUUGCCCAGACUUGAUGACCCAUACAUUUAUGGCGCUGCUGGCCCCCACCUUCUGACGACGGCAGUUCGGUUUGCCCUUCGUGCAAAAUUGCUGGCGAAUGACGAGUCUCAACGAACUUAG